AUGGUAAAUAGAAUUAAAUUUCAAGGAAUUUUAUUACUGAAUAUUUGUCUUCUGAUAAUCAGUAAUUUUGUGAAUGCUGGUCGAACUGAUUGGUCAGUAGAAAAGAGUGCAGCAUUCUGGAAUGAACAAGCUCGAUUAUCAAUUGAAGAGAUAUUACAACGACGUGAUAAUACUCGAAUUGCUAAAAAUGUAAUUCUAUUUUUGGGUGAUGGUAUGGGUGUACCAACCGUUACUGCAGGUCGAAUUCGAAAAGGACAAAUGAAAAAUCAAUUAGGUGAAGAUUAUAUUACUGAAAUGGAACAAUUUCAACAUUUAGGUUUAUCAAAAACAUAUAAUAUCGAUGCUCAAACACCAGACUCUGCAGCAACAGCAACAGCUUAUUUAUGUGGUGUUAAAGCACAAUUAGGUACAAUAGGAGUUGAUGGACGUGCAAAACGACAAAACUGUACAAGUUCAAUCGGUGCAAAUGUUUCGAGUAUUCUUAGUUGGGCUCAACAAGCUGGUAAAAAAGUUGGUGUUAUAACAACAACUCGUAUAACUCAUGCAACACCAGCUGCUUCUUAUGCUCAUACACCUGAUCGUGAUUGGGAAAGUUUUAAUACGAAAACAUUCGGUAUUAAACAAGUCGAAGAUGGUUGUCGUGAUAUUUCUUAUCAACUUGUAACUCAUAAACCACCAAUUGAUCUUAUACUAGGUGGUGGUCGUCGUUCGUUUUAUCCAAAUUCAAUAUCUGAUGUUGAAUAUCCAACAUUGAAUGGUACGCGUACUGAUAAUCGAUCACUUAUUGAUGAAUAUUGGCCUGGAAGUUUUAUUUGGAAUAAAAAACAAAUGAAUAAGACUAUUUUAGGUACUACGAAACCAUUAAUGGGAUUAUUUGAAUAUAAUCAUAUGUUAUACGAAACUGAUAGAAUUAAGAUAAAAGAAAAUGAUGAUCCAAGUUUAUCUGAAAUGACAAAAUUUGCAAUUGAACAUUUUUUAACUAUGGAACGAAAUGGUUUUUUUCUUUUAAUUGAAGGUGGAAAAAUUGAUCAUGGACAUCAUGAUACUAAGCCACGUUAUGCACUUGAUGAAUAUGUUGAAUUUGAUAAUGCUAUUGGACAAGCUAAACAAUUAUUAAAAGAAAAAGGUGUUCUUGAUGAUACACUUCUUGUUGUUACUGCAGAUCAUUCACAUGUAUUUACUUUUGGAGGAUAUUCAAAUCGUGGAUCGAAUAUAUUAGGUUUUGCUUCAUCAGAAUCAUUAAAUGUUAGUGACAUUGAUCAAUUACCUAUUAAUAUAAUAGCUUAUGGAAACGGACCAAAUUAUCGUUCAAAUCGAAAUGCAACUUAUCUAGCUUCACUUAAUACUAAUUCAACUGAAUACUUAUCACCAACAGCUCAACCAAACCAAGAUGAAACGCAUGGAGGUGAUGAUGUACCUGUAUUUGCUCAUGGACCAUGGAGUCAUUUAUUUAUCGGAACAAUGGAACAACAUACAAUUGCACAUAAGAUGGCGUAUGCAGCAUGUUGGGGUGCUUAUACAAAUAGAAAUGGAUGUCCAUCAUUAGCUAAUCGAACACCCGCAACAACAGCAACAACAACAGCAGCAGCAGCAAGAGCAGCAACAGCUCGACCAUCUGGUGGAAUAAAUUUAUUUCAUCAAUUUAACCUUAUUGAAAAGGUUCUUAGUUUCUUACUUAUUCUUAUAUUUAUUUAA